AUGUUAUUUGGUAGAUCUAAUAAGGUCAACAAUAACAAUGCUAAAGUAGAUAAAGAUAAUAUAAAGUCAAAGUUUAAUCAAUCUUUGGAGAUGAAUUUAGAUAAUAAUAAUAAAAAUGAAUAUAAUAGUAAUGUAAAUAAUAAUAGUAAUGUAAAUAGUAAUAAUAUAAUUGUAGAUAGUAAUAAUAAUGAUAAUAGUCUAAAUAUAACUUUAUUAAGAAAAGUAUUAAAUUGUAUAUAUUUAAGAAGAUAUAUAUUUAGAGAGAUAAAAUUUAUUGAUAGAAGAAAAUAUGGUUUGGUCAAUUGCGAGUUUGAAUUGCUGAAUGAUGAUUCCAAUCAAUUGGGAAGUACGAUUGUUGCUGGUGUCGAUACUAUUAGAUAUUACGACGAUAUAUGGUCUGCUGAAUGGAUGCUUCAACAUGGCUAUCACGAACUACUAAAAUACCGGAUGCGUCACUCUCAUAACGUUCAAUUCAAUUUGCAAUCGGUGUUGAUUGCUACAAGGUCGCCAAAGAUCAAUGGUUCAACGUUGUCUUUGAUUCUGACGGAGCAUCCAGAGUAUCUGUUACCGCAGCUCUACGAGGUGGCAGCGCGACACGGCCAAUUGGAAAAGUUGAAAUUGUUAGAACGACUACUACCCUCCGUUAGUAAAUCGAUGAUAGGUGACGCCCUAAAUACAUCGGUAUCGGAGAAUCAGUUGGAAGUGUUGAAGUAUCUGGUGCAACGACAUGGCUUGGAGAGGGAACAUCUCAGUCAUGCCAAUCGUCGGAGUUUCUACAAGACACGCAAUGCUGAGCUGAUACGAUACUGUGUGGAGACACUGAUGAACCAGCAAUGGACGUUGGAACUGAACGUAGAUCUACAUCUGUUCUAUCUUUGUGGCGACUUGGAGUUGAUCAAGCGAAUGUGUAACCGUGUCGAUGCCAACGCGCGACAUGUCAUGCUGAUAGCGCUGGAACACUAUAUCAAUGAUCUACUGAUACUGCCAGAGUACGCAGUGGAGUUUGAUCAUCCAUCAAAGAAUCAUAUCGGUAUCAUCUUUUAUAUCUAUCAAUUGAUUGGUUUCGGCAUGGACACUGUGCCUAAAGAGACUGCCGAGUCGAUCGUCCACAGAUUCCAGCUGGAGCAACGCGAGCACAAACUGUUGGCGAUAUUCUAUAUAACAUUACUCCAGAUGAAUCUACAUAUAUAUGCACAGGGAAUACAGAGUUACAAUACCAUUCGAAAGAUUGUUGCAAUCAAUAGUAUACCGCUAAUAAAGUACAUCAUUGAGAUGCCACUGAAACGCUCACAGACCAACAACUCAAUAUUACCGAUCAUGUUUGGCGCAGCAGUGGAAAUUGGAACGUUGGAACUAGUUGAAUUCCUUUUGCCAUAUCAUCCUUGGCAAUAUGGUCUUCAGGUGAUUGGUUUUGGCUCAGCAGAGAUUAUGAAGCGAGUGUUGCAGGUUGUUCCUGGUUGUCAGUGGCAUGACUUGGCACUGGAGAGAAGCUCUGUUGCCGGAGACCUCGAGUUGGUCUCCAUGCUGAUGACCGUAGACAAACAACGUGGAUUCCCUAUUGCAUUUACCAACUCAAUCGUUCGCGGUCGUCUUGAUUCCGUUCAGCUGCUGGCCAAGCUCAACCCACAGUUGGCAGAGAAAACAAUUGUCGGUAUCCUACAAAAGAAAGGUGUCAUAAUAACAAUUCUCGAUAAUUUCGAGAUGUUCUUGCAAUAUAUUAAUGAAAAGUCGGCCAAGACCAUCAUGGAACUGGCAUGUCAAUUUGGCUAUAAAACAGUGGUGACUACACUUCACAAGAACUUUCCUCAGGUCAAAGUAAAUCUGUGGUCAGCGGCCAACGGUAGACAGCUUGAGAUACUAGAGUAUCUUUUUGAACAAAAGAUAGCAACUCAUACGAAAUCAUCGUGGAUCACCGUUGCAGAGAAAGGUUUCAUUGACAUUUUCGAAUUGAUGGUACAACAUCUUCAAGUUCCGAAACCAGAGAUCAUCAAGGACAUGUGUGAGGCUGCAUGCACCCAGGGAAAACUAGCAUUCGUAUCACGGCUCUCAACUAUCGAUGGAUUCCUAUUGGAUCCUGCCAAUGCAAUAUCGAAUGGUCAUCUGAACAUUGUUGCCUCCUACAUCAACCACUGGCUGAAACAGCCACUCACAAACAAACAGCUAGAUAAACUCAUUAAAGUGUCCACUCAAACCAACCAGAAAUUAAUAACAGAGUACCUAAAGGCACUGCGCAGUAGUGGUAACACCACAACCACCAAAAAGAAGAAAUCAUCAAAGCAAAGCAGUAAAAUUUUAAAUUGCCGUAACUAUUUACAGAAAUUGACGACCUCUUGA